AAAGUAGAUGUGAAAACCGCAACUUUGUAUCUUCAUUCAUAAACGAGAAACACCAUUAAUCAUACGAAAAUAGGACACCCUAUACAUUUUUCGAACAACUUCGUACGAAUUCGUACACACUACCGCUUCUUAAGAAAAAUUAUCUUAAAUCUGUACCGAGUAAAAAAAUGUUCGAGAUAAUUAGUUACAGCUAAGUUAAGAAUAUAUUUAUUUUUGUUUAUCGUCACGCGUCUAAAAACUACGGUAUUUGUAUUUACUCAUGGUCAAGCGGCUACUACUGACAACAAUAAUUUUUGCAAUUUAAAAUCUUAAGUGGAAAGUCCAGUCGGCCAAGUAACCUCCUGUGUGUUGUUUGUGAUGAUGGAAAUGCAGUGCAAGUUCUUUACUUAGUUGUAGUUUUAAAAAUAAAGAUGUUAUGUUAUUUCCUGUUGAUAUUUUCCUUUUCUUUGGAAUUUGUUUGGACAAUAGAAUUGUAUAGAGGUAGCCAAUGUACGAUUAGGAGAAACAAUCAAAACGGUAUCUGUAAAUUCUUUACUGAAUGUCCAGAAGCAAUUACUGACUUGAGGAAAGGAAUAUAUCCAGACAACUGUGGAUUUGAAGGAUACCAAGCAAUCAUAUGUUGUGCCAGUGCGGUACCUCAAACUACAACUACAACUACAACUACAACCACCACAACUACAACUACUACUACACGUAGCACUAGCAAAGAAGUUGGAAAACGAGCUCUUGAGAGAUGUGCAGAAUAUUCAAAAUACAUUUGGAAAAGGGAAGCCAACCCCACAUUAAUGGUAGGUGCUCCCGACAUCGUACGCAAUGACUGUCCAUUUGACAGGCAAGAAUUGAUUGUUGGGGGUACAAAAGCUCAAAGACGUGAAUUUCCUCACAUGACACAUGUUGGAUAUGACAGUGAUGAUGGUAUUUUGUGGCGCUGCGGAGGCAGUCUAAUAAGCAAUCAAUUUGUUUUGACAGCUGCACAUUGCGUGGAAGAUCGUGAAUUAGGUUUGGCUCUCUAUACCAGAAUGGGUUUUACCAACCAAGAUGAUGACGAUCACGUUCAAGAGUAUAAAGUUCAAGAUAGAAUAACUCAUCCUGAAUAUAGUCCACCAACGCACAAUCACGAUAUUGGUCUGCUUAAAUUGGAGAAAGAAGUGGAUAUGAAUACCUGGGUUAGACCGGCUUGUAUCCACGUCCAGUACUCAAUACCUUACUCCAACUUUAUAGCCAGCGGUUGGGGCAGAACCACCUUUCAAGGCCAGGAAAGUAGCUUCUUACUGAAGGUGGUACUGGAGUAUUACAACCAGAAAAAGUGCAAUCAUACGUACAGAUCACAAUAUGGUACCCUAAAAUUACCAUCAGGGAUCGUCGACGAUAUUAUGCUGUGCGCUGGAUCGUCUAAAGAGAUUAGAGAUGCUUGUCAGGGCGAUUCUGGUGGACCUCUACAAGUCUACAAAGGUGAAGAUAAGGACAACGCUUGCUUGUACGACAUUGUAGGAAUAACAUCUUUUGGAAAAGGUUGUGGCUUUGGAACAGAUUUACCUGGAGUAUAUACCAGAGUGUCAUAUUACGUCAGAUGGAUUGAGGAUCAUCAUAUCAUGUUGAUGUAUAAUGUAUUUUUUCUAGUGUUAGUUUUAGGGAAGAUCAAGUCGUUCUCAAUCAACAGUAAAUUUUGUGGCAUUGAUUUAGUAGGAAGAUGUAUUUCGCCUACUAUAUGUCCACAAAAAAAUGUUUUAUACAAAGGUACUUGCGAGAAUGAAUUGGUCUGUUGCCAAGUUUCUGAAAAAAUCGUUACACCUGACAACAACGUAAAUUCAGCACCUCAAGCACCAGGUGGUGCUCCACCAUCGGCUGGUAGUCCCGGUAGCAGUGCCCCACCUGGAGGAGGUCCAGCACCACCAUCUGGGGGUUCACCACCUAGUUCAAGCGCUCCACCGACUUCAGGAUCAACACCAGGAGGGGCACCGCCUUCUACAGGAGCCCCACAAGCCCCAGGAGGUGGUACUCAAUCUGGUGGAGGUUCUACACCUGGUGGUAGUCCUCCACCAAGUGGAAGCACGCCUCCAGCAGGUCAAGGAGGAAGUUCUCCACCAAGUGGAGGCACACCGCCAAGUGGUAGCCAGCCUCCAGGAGGCCAAGGAGGUUCACCUCCUGGUGGAGGCUCACCUCCAAAUGGAAGCACACCUCCAGGUGGUGGCUCACCUCCUUCUGGAGGAAGUCCACCACCCUUAAUGGGCAAUAUUAUGGUACCCCCUGGCUUACCUAAUAGAUUUAAUCCACCCACUACAACACCAUCAGAUACAAUAGUAAUUUCGGCUGAGAUUAUAGAUAAUUCUUUAGAUUUUCUGGAAAAAAAAUGUACUGCAUAUAACUCUAUGAUUCCGGCUAAGCAGAUGUCUACACCUGUUGUAAUGGUGAUUGGCGGAGUGGAUACAUUAGAAAAAGAAUUUCCUCAUAUGGCAGCUCUAGGAUUUGGAGAUGUCAAUGCCAAGCAGUGGCUUUGUGGAGGAAGUUUAGUAUCUGAGAGAUAUGUCAUUACUGCAGCUCAUUGCCUAUCAGUUUCGUCAGUCGGGGAUGUACGUUAUGUGAAACUUGGAAACAUCGACUUAAACACAAACUCACCAAACACUCAGGAGUUUAAUGUGAUUAGUCGACUAGCACAUCCAGAAUACCAUACGUCAGGCCGGUACAAUGAUAUAGCUCUUAUCCAGAUGGAUCGUUCUGCUAGGAUUACUUCCUUUGUUCUACCCAUUUGUUUGUUCUCAUCAUCCGAUUAUGGUGAUAGAAACUUGAUUGCAACAGGAUGGGGAAAGACAGAUACAGGUGCUUCUAGUCAACGCUUGCAGAAAGUAGGUCUGGAGUUUUUUACUCAGCAGGAAUGUCAAGAUGUAUACAAGGUGAUUCCCAGAGAUCAAUUACCAUUAGGCAUUCAGGAGUCGACUCAAAUUUGUGCUGGCAGUAGAUCACAAAAGAAAGACACUUGUCAGGGUGAUUCAGGUGGACCUUUGCAGUUCCGUAAAGAUAAUCGCUGGUAUUUAGUUGGAAUUACGUCAUUUGGUAUACAGUGUGGUUCGCCUAAUGUUCCUGGUGUGUACACUAAACUUUCCUACUACGUUACUUGGAUACAGCAGACUGUUUGGAACAAAUAAUUAUAAUGUAUUUAAAAUAAAAUUAAU